CAUUAUAACCACAGUCCGAUCCUCGAUCUUCCCAAUGAGCUGAUCCUCAUGGUUGCGAGCUUUCUGGACCAAGAAUCUCAGCUCCUGCUGAGCCUCUCAUGUCGGCGACUUUGUGCUCUUCUCGGUUCCCACCUCGACUUGACACUUAAUAAUGACAAGGCCACCAAGGUACGGUUUCUACAACUUCUAGAACUCGACUACCCGGAAUAUUUGACAUGCCGCUCCUGCGGCUUACUAUAUUUCUGGCGGAAGAUGGAGUUCUUCCAGUAUAAUUGUCCGCGUGCUAAUCGCCACAUGGUUGCGGAUACGCUACUAUCAUACGGUCAGUAUAUCCAAGCGGGAGACAAAAAAUAUAUUUAGGUGAGGCGUGGAGUGGUCGACCUAAUCUUAAGAUCCUAUGAGCAUGGCCCCAGCCACGGCUUACCUAUAUCUUUCUUAAACAUAAGCGGUUAUGAUCACCGCGGUAUUUCUCGAACGAACGAAGCACGGUUAGUGGACGGUCAGCUUAUACUAGCCAGUCGAAUAGAGGUAGGGGUGGAGUCGGGACGAGAAGUGGCGGUGAUGUCGCGCCUGUUCAUCCUAGAUGUAUGUCUACAUCUAAGUGCCACUGUAGGGAUCGUCGAUAAGAUAUGGCAGACCUUUGAGCAAGCCGUCACAAGCAUGAUAGUAGGCUCAGAGAAAUCCGAAGUGUUUAAGUGUUUCUUCUGCGAGACUGACCACUAAGUGCACGUGAAGAAGUGCGAGGAGAAUCGGGUAACGAUCAUUCUAAAUGUUUGGAGAAACUACGGACAAAGACAUGGGAACAGGUUGUUGAAUGAGUAGAUCUUUAUCGAGAUCCUGUAUUGCGGCUUGAGGCCGACGCAGUCUCACAAAGGGACGUACGAGCGGCUUUCGAGUCU